AACAUUUGCCUCAAAACUUUUCGUCCAAAAGCUUUUAUUCUGAAACGUCUCAUUGCCUGAGACGUUGCGUGGAAACGCGCAUGCGCGUCUGGCUGACAGCCGGCGGCUGCCUGGUGUCGUUCCAGCUGUGUAGCAGGCAGCAAGCAGAGCUCAGCGAGAGGUUAUGUAGAGCAGAGACCUAGCGCAUCAGUUCACCUCAGCGGACCUGCACCCAGCCGAGGCGACCAGAGAAACAAUCAGAGGACAACCACAACGAUUGAUGACAAAGACGUCCGAUAGGAGAUGUGUGCUGCCGUCUACAUCGUUUCAACGGUGACGGGCUACGUGCUCACCUCGGCCCUGCUGCUCAAAUGUCCAACUCUUCUGCACCGGAGGAAGAAGGAGAGGUUCCUCGGCAGGCACAUUUCCCAUCGUGGAGGGGCAGGAGAAAACCUGGAGAACACCAUGGCAGCUUUCAAACAUGCCGUGGAUCUCGGCACAGACAUGCUGGAGCUGGACUGCCACCUGACAAAGGAUGAAGAGGUCGUGGUCUCACACGACGGCAACUUGAAGAGGGUCUGUGGCGUCAACGCUAACAUCAGCGACCUGGCCUACGCCGAACUUCCUCCGUACCUCUGCAAGCUGGGUGUAACUUUUCAAAGAGAGUGUUUCUGCGAGGGCGGCGAGGACAAACGCAUCCCUCUCCUCAGGGAUGUCUUCGAUGCCUUCCCAAACACCCCCAUCAACAUCGACAUCAAGGCCAACAACGACACACUCAUUAAAAAGGUUUCUGAGAUGGUCGUUAAGUAUGACAGAGAGGAUCUGACUGUGUGGGGCAACUCCAGAAACCACAUCGUCAAGAAAUGUUACAAGGAGAAUCCCCAUAUUCCAGUUCUGUUCAGUUUCCCCAGGGUGCUGCAGCUACUGGGCCUUUUCUACACUGGCCUCCUGCCCUUUGUGCCCCUGAGGGAGGAGUUUCUGGAGAUCCCCAUGCCCUCUCUAAUAACUAAACUAAAAGAUCCUGACAGAUUAACGCGGAGUCAUCGGUUUAUUGCCUGGCUUGCAGACACUUUGCUGAUGAGGAAAGCUCUCUUCCAACAUUUAACUGCAAGGGGAAUUCAGGUGUACAUCUGGGUGCUGAAUGACGAGGAGGAUUUCCAAAGGGCGUUUGACUUGGGAGCCACUGGAGUAAUGACAGAUUUUCCCACCAGGCUCAAAGAGUUUAUGGAUAGGAAUGGGAUUUCUAAGCCCCAGUGACCUGCCAACUCCUACCUCCCCCCCCCCCCCCCCCCCCCCCCGGUCACCACGGUCAUUGUCGUUCAAGCUCGCUGACCCGCCAAACAAGCUCCCCACAUUCGCCCACUUUGGCUGCACGCCUUCCUGCAGACCUGCUCUCACGUUGUGUUACGCUCGUACGAGGCUCCAGCGACUCCCCUUGUGUUGGAGAUGUAUACUUUUAUAGUUGUAGUAAUGCAAAACAAAAUCCCAAAAGAGAUUUACUUGUGCUUUUUUUUUUGUUAUUUCUUCAGCUUCCCCAUGUUAGAGUUGUGAUAAAACAUCCCAAAUAUAAGAGCCAUUACUAUAAUGUCAGGCGGCAACAGCCAUGGUAGAGAUUUAUGAUUAAAGCGACGCUAUUAAGCAUGUUCAUGGUUCCAAAAAGCUACCUAGAGUAUAUCUGUAUUUCAGGUUAUCAGGUUUAUACACACAACGUCACAGUCAGUUUAUUAAAGUUCAGACGUUUCUAACGUGUAAUGUGCGAUUGGAUGAAAACACCAAUAAAACGCGAGGGACUU